UCUGCACAACAUUUUACCCAAAUCAAACCAAAAUCUAGAGCAAUCUAUUAUUACAUUACUAGUACUUACAAUUUGUCUUUUUAUUGAUCAACAAUCGAAAGACUAAAAACAGAACUAGAAAUGUAUUCCUUUAGAGAAAACAGAAGACCUGUUAGAACUGCAGUUGCAUCUCCUGUUUCAUUUUCUGCUGCUGAUAACAAUCGGCACUCUGCGAAUCACUGGUCUAACAACUUCGGAGAAUUAAGGAAAACACCUGAUCAUUAUGCUCCUUAUGCUGCAGUUCCUGCAACUCAUUAUAAUCUGUCCUCUAACAAUAGUUUUGCUCAAUCCUCUUUUCCUGCUACCAAUAAUUCAUCUGUUGCUGCUGGUUCUGGUUCUGGUUCUGGUUCUGCUUUACAUUCGAUAGCCACCACGUCGAAGGAGAUCAUUUCUUUCCACUCAUCCACCAAAUGGAAAGAAUAUCUUCAAGAUUCUAAGCAGUCCAACAAGCUGGUUGUGGUAUACUUCACGGCUAAAUGGUGUGGACCUUGCCGGUCCAUGGAGCCGACUAUCAAAGAAUUUGCUGCUAAGUACAACAAUGUCGAAUUGGUCAAGAUUGACGUGGAUGAAUUAUUUAAUGUAUCGUGUGAGUAUGAAAUACAAACAAUGCCAACAUUCUUGUUCAUGAAGAAUGAAAAACAGAUCGAUAAGGUUGCUGGCGCAAAAACAGAAGAUCUUCAAAGGAAAAUUGAGAAACACAGAGCGAAUUGAUACCUAGAGUACUUUUAUAACUACGUGUUCCGGAGUAUUAAAAAUUAUUUAUCAUUCGAAGAUGAGUUAGGUUGGCCUAUUUCGAAAGCUAGGCUAGCGUAUUAUUUUACGAGUAUUCAUUUUAGGGAUUCUUUAUCGAUUACUUUCUAGAGUUGUAUCUUAUAUUCAAAUUUAGCUUAGGAACAUUUUUCUUUCAAUUUCCCAUAUUUGGGACUGCUGUAUUACCUCAUAGUCAAAUGAAGAAUUGCAUUUUCAAAUA